GUGACAAAGAAAUGUUCAACCCUGACUGUAGUGUCGUCAUCGAUCGAUCUUCAUCAGAAUUCGGAUUGAAUGCUCCGUGUGUUCUUAUACGAUGAGUAUUAAAAAGAGGAGGCUCUUCCGAGCAACUUGGAAAGAACUUUCAAUUCCCUCCAGCCUGAGAAGUUAAUUGCACAAUUGACUAUAAUCCAGCCACUAAAAUGACGACCCAGAACUUCAAGAAUGAGAAGGAUAUCCCCGUCUCUCACCAGGACUUCCCUGGUACUGAGAGGGAGAUGCCUAACCCCAAAGCCACCCGUGACGAACUACCUGAGGCCGGCGGCAAUUCGAGGACAUAUCAAGGCUCUGGAAAGCUCAAAGGCAAGAAGGCACUGAUCACUGGAGGCGACAGUGGCAUUGGUGCUGCUUCUGCUCUUCUGUUCGGCCGGGAGGGCGUUUCGGAUAUUGUCAUUGCUUAUCUACCAGAAGAAGAGAAGGAUGCCCAGGACACCAAAAAGCAGGUUGAGAACGAGGGUGCCAAGGUCCAUCUUAUCUCUCUUGACCUCUCGAAACAAGAGAAUUGCAAGAAACUUGUUGACUUUGCCGUGGAGAAAAUGAACGGGAUUGACAUUCUAUUCAACAAUGCAGCUUACCAGAUGAUGGUCCAGGAUAUCAAAGACCUCCCCGAGGAGCAAUGGAUUCACACCUUCAACAUCAACAUCCACUCCUUCUUCUAUAUCUCUAAAUACGCCCUCCCUCACAUGAAGACAGGAGCUACUAUUAUUAACAAUGCUUCCAUCAACGCCUACAUCGGUCGCCCUGAUCUCCUCGAUUACACAUCCACAAAGGGUGCGAUUGUUUCAUUCACACGCGGUCUCAGCAAUCAAUAUGUCGGCAAGGGUAUUCGUGUUAAUGCUGUCGCUCCUGGACCCGUUUGGACACCUCUCAUUCCCGCCACAAUGGACGACGAAGCGCAGAAGCAGUUCACAAGCCCCAUGGGACGACCUGCUCAGCCAUCAGAGAUUGCUACGUGCGUGGUCUUCCUGGCGUCGAGUGACAGCUCGUGUGUUAGUGGACAGACCAUCCACUGCAAUGGCGGUACCAUUGUCAAUGGUUAAAAUUGGGAGAAAGCAGAAUGACCGAGUAAUGACAUUGAUGAAACAUUAAUCUAAGAAUAAAUACUGCACCUUGGUUCCAUCACCCCGAAAGGCAUUUAAGUGUACAGUGCGGUGUCUUGAUAAAAUUACACUGUAUCUAGUCCCUUUGCGACGACUUCCCUCAUCAAUCCCAAUUCCACCUUGUGAAUGACCC